CUUAAUAUUCGUGCAACCCAACGGACACCCAACAAACCCACAGCAAUUAAAAUGGCCGCAACAGACUAACCUAUUCAAGGUCGUCGUAACGAAACGGAGGGCGACUUUGAGUGAACCUGAGUUUUGCCGUCCCGGUUAGCAUAGAUGAUUCAAUCGUGCGACAGAAUCCAUGGCUUGAUCAACCUCAUUGGUUCGUUUAUAGUCUCGCCAACAAAACCUUCAGGCCAUUCUUCAUGUAUCUCGAGUUCAACAGUUCCCACUGUCCCAAUUUUAGGGAAAUGGAACCAAAACCCCUAAAUUUCCCCAGAAUCUCAUUACAUUUUGGGGAAAUCGGCUUACAUUUAUUAAUAAAACCACAAACCUUUUCACGAUUUUGGAGAAAUUUUGCGUUUUUCUCCAAAAUUUCCCCUGAGUUUGGGGGUUUUCUCCUAAAUUUCCCCUCAUUUUUGCGCUUUUUCCCUAAAUUUCCCCUUAAUUUUGCGUUUUCCCUCCUUAUUAGAUACAGUAUCAACAAAGUCUACACUCUUUGAAUGUCUGUCAAUCUAUGGGAUGAUUCUGAUUCAGAGGACAACCUGCCAGCUGAAUGGGAACAAACUAGUCAGGGUAAUUUCAUUACGUACUACAACCGCUUGACUGGACUUUCGCAAAGGCCUCAUCCAAUUUCAGGCCAUAUUAAGCAAUUACCACAUGUGUUGCCCAAAGGUUGGUCUUCCUGCUCCGACAAAUCUGGGAGAACAAUUUAUUUAAAUUUAGAAACUGGCUGUUCAACUUAUUCCGAUCCUCGACUUGCUGCUGCUCUUUUGACCCACUCUACAAAAUCAAUUAGAAGUACUCAAUUUAAAUUUGACAAAUUUUCAAGUGUAAAUGAUGUAAGUUGGUUCUGUGAACAAGGUAUGUAAACUCAGAGUGUAGACUCAGUCAUAGUCAUAAGGUAGAGCAUGACAUAAAUUUGCGUUGGCUCAAGUUGCCAUUUUACAAUACCAUAACGAGACAAGAUUAAGAUCAUGAAUAGAAAGGAGUCUAAACAAUUGUAUUAAUAAUAAUUAUAAGGACUAAACAUUACAAAUGUUAUUCUAGAAUGCUGAAUGAAGAGCUAUGGAUGAAGAAAUACUGGAACUCAAGAUGUAGGGGAAGAAUAAGAGUAAAUGCAUCUGCGCCACUGUGAUCGAUUCUGAUUCAUUCCACCUAGAAAACUUUAACCACGUAGUCUGUAUUUACCAACAUGGUUUAGAGCAACUGUGAAAUCAUAGGCUGACAUCUCGUUUUAGGUUUGACGGUCCCUAGCUUUCAUCUAACCUACACUUAUACCAGCAAACAUCUCAUUUUGAAGUGGUCCAUCAUCACUCAUACAUAAUACCUGUCAGUCAAUGAAGAGUUACUAUGCUGUCAACCGAUUUGUCAUUACCUAAAACCCUAUGCCAAACCUCAGCAUCACUUACUCGGUCGUUCCACUGUAUGUGAACAUUGCUUCAAAGAAAGCCAUAAUCAAAGACUUACGGCUUACACAUAUCUCAAUUAGAUCGUCUUCAGGCUUUACUCUAAUAUACAUGAAUAUUUAUACGAAAAUUUUAAACCAAUCAAGGCUUAUUCAAGACUUAUUCUAUUUCAUUGUGAUUAUUGACCCAUAUUGCCUUGAUUGGUUUAAAAUUUUCGUAUAAAUAUUCAUGUAUAUUAGAGUAAAGCCUGAUGACGAUCUAAUUGAAAACAAUUGUUCGCUUGUAUGUGUUGUUCUAAUUUUCACAAUGGGAAUCUUUAAUGUUACACAUAUCUCUCAUAAAUAAUGUUUCACAUCUAUAUAGUAAUACAAAGCGAAAUGCUGCUCAAUCUACGCUUUUCUUAACUUGGAGACAAGUACUUUAUUUAUUUGAACACAAACACUGGUACAAGGGGCAUCAAGUACAUAUGCGCCACACAGUGAGGCCAGUAGUAGUUAUUAUGAUUUUUAUGAGGGCUGUGAUACUUCCCAGGUGUCCAAACCGAAACAAAUGGUUUUCUUAAGGAAACACACUUGGAGCCUUUGAUCUGGAGGUCUAAUACAAAAGGCAGCGGGGCAACGUCAGGAGAUGCAGUCCCAUGGUAGCCGGUGACCAACGAUAUGUUCAUACGCCAUUUGUUUCCUCAGGAUCACGGAGCCCAUAUACGCCAUCGGUUUGGAAUCAGGGUUUUCCAACUCUCCUAGGUGGACUCUCCGUGUCCACCAACCCGGUUAAAGCACCAGACAUUCGCUUUUCAUCUUCUCAAUUUCGUAAACAACACUCCCGUCACGAGGACGCAGUGAGCAGGACUUCCCUGGUAGUGGCUGUAUACGUGUGGUUACGUGAAAGUAUUUCGAGGAGUAGCAGACUUUCCCCACUCUCGGUCGUACCAGUGCGUCUGGGAGCAUUUUACCUACGUCACAAGUAACACAUAUUAACAUGGGCUUUCUGAAUCCGUGCUGAGGUUUCGUCAGAUACCAACCCUCUUGGGCUGAUGAGACUCCCAAGGUAAGUGAAGUGGUCAACACACCUAACUACUUCACUGCCUUUGUUAGUUUGGGCGUUGAUGUAGACCAGUCUUAAGGCAACAUCGUAAACUUGCUUGCUUUGUUGUUCGAGGUGAUCAGAUGAAUCUGAAUUUGACCAGCAUUUUUACGAAACAGAACCACCAGGUGUUUAUUCCAAGUCGAUAAACGAAUCUCAUCGUAGACCAAGUGAAAGGUUCGGUGAAGAAAGUGUUACUUGCGGGAGCACGUGUAUGACAAAACUAAACGAGAAUCGAGACAGUCGACAUCCCCAACGGAUACCACUUGAUAUUAUCAAUUCUGAUAACAAUUCGCCACAAGCUCCGACCAUACCAAUGGUGUUUGAAUAGAGAGUCUUUGGUGCUCCUUUUAGUGCCAAGCAUUGUCACCAAACCGCUCGGUCAGCGGAGUUGUGUGGUGUCUUAAGGUCAAGGAUUACCACUAGAGAAGUGUAGUGCCAGUUGCCAUGUCAACAUAGCUUAUCCUAGCUUCAUUCACCUUCUCCACCGCGCAUCAAUCCAUUUCAUUUCUCUCCCUCCUCUUCGCUUCGUCUGAUUGUGUACGAAAUAACCGUAUUCAAACCUCAUUCUCGUAUUUGACUCAUUUAAUUGCUUUAUUCACUGACGCGAUUUAAGUCUAUGAUUAUAUACGAGGGUCGGCGACAUGUAUAUUUCAAUUGCAAUCAUUCAUACGAUCAUAACAGGAUCCGAUUGGUGUCAGAUUAAGGGCCACUAAAAAUUCUUAGUGGACUCAAACAGGACUGGAUAAAGCGGUUUUCAUUAUUUAGGACAGCAUUAUUUUCGACUAAGUUUGUUGUGUCAUGAAACAAUGAUGUUGGUUUGAUAACCCCAGCUGAGUGUAUAUGGAAGAAGUUGAAUGGAGUGAGGAAACGUUUAGUGUGGUUGGUAUUAUUUAGAUAUUUCUUCACUAACCAGUUGGUACACUUCUCAUUAACAGAUGUCGUCCUAAAACUUGUCGACUAAUGGAAUCGAAUGCUGUUUCAAGUUUAUGUAGUAUGACUAUGAUUGGACGUCGGUAAGUAUGUCUAUGGUCGAUACAUUCACAUUCAGGUUUGGAGCCGGCCUAGUUUUCUCAGGUUUGCUAUUCCAUAGCAGCAGCCUUUAACGAAUAUAGAGGCUUGUAUCUAAUUUCUCUAUCAAUCUAGCCGCUAAAAUUUAACCACGACCUAGAAAGAUCUACAGGGUUAAUCUAUAAAGUCCCACUUCUCCCCCCUCGUCUUAGAUUAGCUGUAGCUUUUUCAAAUUCAGUUAUAAAGGGACUUAUCUCAAACUCUCAUUCUGGUUGUUUUGGAGUAGUAGGCAGCUGUAGUAUAGUUGAAUUGCUUUUUUGAAAUGCCUCGCCAUUCGUUUGAACUGAAAGUCGUGGUCUUCUCUUUUUCAAAGGUAGUUUCACUUGCACUUAACUUCUCAAUACGUGUUUCUUUAGUAAGUCUGGAAAGUUGCCUAGUAUUACCUGACACUACAGCCGUUUACAUCUCUUCUGCUUAACUUUCCCACCACUACUCACGGUCAUUGGGUAAACCCUUUUAUGUUUACGUUUGAGUUUUGGUUGCUCUUCAUUGUUCUUCAGGUCUGAAGGGAUGGGUUUCCGAGUAUUUAUCUACUCAGUAGAUGCAAAUAAAACCCACUGGUCUUUCUUAACCUUUUGAUUUGAAUUGGUGGCGGAUAUCACUGCUUUUUUAUAGCUGUUUACAUAUCAUGACAAACUUCAGGAUGAAGUUCAACUACUUGCUUUAUUAAUCCCUCUAAGAAUUGGUACGUAAGGGAUCUUCCUGUUAUGAAUUUUGUGUCCAGUAAAAUGCGUAGAACAUAGUCUGAGUCGAAUCAUAUGCUCGAGAAGGGGUAACGGUCUUCCAUCGAGCUUCUGGCAAUGUCUGGUGACGAUUUGGUCUAAUUAUGAUCAUGUUUGUAUUGAUGUUAGGGGUUGCUAAGUUAAAUGGUGUCCUUUUCAGUGCUUAAAGUUUGUACGUUAUAGGAAUAACAUGUUCGAAAUUCAUUGGGAAAUACGGUCGCCGUUGUUUGACUUAGCCUAUCACUUGAGUGUUAAAAUAACCUGCUACGAGCGCCUGAAAGUCAGAACGCUUUCUGUAAACCUUAUCUUUUGCUCUUCCCGAGAUAAAGAUUGAUAAAGCAAACAAAAGAAAUACUAGUUAAUAAAGAAGAGGACUGGUUCUAUGAUAGAUGAUCUAGAUUUAUGUUUGAGUGUAAGUGGGGUUGUCACUUCCCGGUCCCCCACAUAGUGGAAGGCUACUUCUUCGUGAGGUACUUGAAAAGGAAACUGAAUUAGGGGUGGUCUUGACGACCUAGGAGCUUGGUUGCAAUACCCAAGGGAGAACUGUUCAAAAUGUACGGCGCGAAAACAUCGAAUUUUUGGGCAUCAACUCCGUCUCCGUACUCUAUCGAAAUUUUUAAAUAAACUGUCUCAUUAAUAGUCUAGUAGAAUGACUGACUCUUCAUUUAUUUUUUCUUAGAAUGACCUGACCGAUCAAAAGUAACGUUUCCCCCCUGAGGUAUCAGGACCGAAGAGAGAUACCAAAGAUCUUGUCCAUAUUUUUGACACUACCUACAUAUAUUAAAUAAGAACCAGUAUUGUUGUAGUUAACUACGUAGUUCUAACUAAAAGUGACGAGUUAUUGUAAUGUUGGUUGGAUUAAUAUAAGAAUGAAUAUGAUUUCAAGUCGACCAAACUAAACCAAGAUACUAGACUGCAAACGCAUAGUUCGGUCUAUACCGCUUUGAAGAAGUGAAAAGCAAUUAUUAAAAAUUAUUGAUAACUAUCUAGAAUUGAUGGAAUGGUGAUUUGGCGUUCAACUAAGCGACUUUUGACCACGUUGUUGUCUGUCCUAGUCCUGCUGUAGCUACUUCAGUGUGGAUACCCGGAUGCUAUCAAUAGCAAUCGCACAGAAAUUGGUUCGAAUUCAAGUACAUAGACCUUUACUUGGCAAAUUGGUUUCAUGUGUUAAUAAAUUCACACUACAGUGACGUAAUACUUGGUGUGAAAUUGUACGAGAAAAUAAUAAUUCUCACUCUAUAACUUAUACUUUAGGAUUCGUUAUCCAAAUAUAAUAACAGUGAGUUUAGUAUGAAUAUUUUUAAAAAAUAUUAAUCGUUUUGUUUUCAUGAUAAUUUGAGAAUAUUUUCUUCUGUUGUUGUAGAUUUUAUUAAAUAAAGAUCUCCGUGGGUUUUACGUUGUUGUAACAAAUUCAGGCUGUGGUCUUGGUUUAUCAAUCGCAGUUCAUCUCGUCCAGUAUGGAGCUACUGUUAUAUGCGCUUGUACUAAAUGUCCAGAAAAUGCUAUUGCUGUAUUUGACAAAACAAAGGCAUAUUAUGAAGGCAGUAUCACUGUAGACUUAACUUUGAAGUCAGUUAAUAAAGAAUCAGGUCAACUGUAUUGGAUACCGUAUAAUCCUUUGGAAUUACAUAGCAUCGUACAAUCCGUUCGUGUGAGUUGUCAAAUGGUCAUUUAUUCGAUGAAAAAUCUUCAGUCUUUCAAAUAUUCCGUAUAGAGAAGGUCUAAGAUGAUAGACUUGUGUAGAUAACAAAAUGGUGAAGUAGUUAUGACCAUUUACGACACUAGCUACCAAUGAAAUUUCCUAUCUUCGAGCUACAGGGGUGGCUUGUUUAUAGAAUACAGACACACUAAAAUGAAACCUUUAGAUGUAACAUUUCUAUACAGAUUUUCUGGAUAUCCUUUACAUCAAUAUUUUGAUACUUUCUCAUAAUAUUCAUCUUUUAAAUUCUGAAGUUAAGUUAAAUUAUUAGUUGUUUUUAUGAAGAUUUUUUACAAUUUAAAAGUAACUUUUAUGAAUAAUCGACAUCAGUUAAUAAAGAAAUAAAAGUCAUUGAUCACUAAAAAGCCAGUUUGUUCUUUUGUCUGAAUUCACGAGUCAUUUCCUGAAGUUCUAUGUAGAAUUCAUGAGCUAUACGGUUAACUAAAUUGAAUUUAAAGUGGUAAUUCAUAUUGUGUUGCAAACUAACCGACAUGAAAACUAUUCAUUCAAAACUCAUAGGGUCACAUGUUCUUCGUAAGAUCUAAUGGUGUUGAAUUCGAACAUAUAUGGACUCAUGGUGGCACACCACUCAGACAAAACAGCAGUUCAUUUUUUACAGCAAAUAUUUGUUCAUGGUAAAAAUUACUCUCAGACUAAACUAUAUUUCACUUUUUUCAGUGAGAUAUUUUUCUUUAAACUGUAGAUAUUACAGUCAUUGAACUGGCCUGUUCAUGCGUGUAUCAUAACUGAUGAUUUGCUUCCUCCUUUCGCUGGAUGGAAUUUCUUUCAAUCUUUUACAAGGAUAGUGUCUUGUUUGCGUGAAAUGAUUCCGUCUAAAGUUUCAUCCUGGUUUCAAUCUAUUUUUAAGUUUGUAACAAACUAUGAAAUACAAGUAUUCAAUUGGUUUGGGAAAAAGAUAAUUCCUGCAUGGAUUCCUGCUUAUUCAUGUGAGUGUUCUUCUAAACGUUUUCCGUAUUUAACUUCUGACGGAUUUGAAGUAUCAAUGCAAUGCAAUUAUUUAGCUCCUGCCUUGUUUUUGGAACGAUUGUUAAAAGCAAGAUUUGAUUCUUUACCUUCUCUUUCAACUACUUCGUCAGACAAAACAUUUGACAGCUCAACUUUGCGUGUGGUGAUAGUUUCAUCAGAGAUUCACAAAGAGAGUAAUUUACAACACUGUAUUAAGAAACUGAAUAUAACAAAGAUGUUUCAGACAACCCCAACAUUAUUGCAUGACAGUAUGAGACAAUAUGCGAAUUCCAAAUUAUUGAAACAAGCACAACUUCAUCCACUAUACCUACAAUAUUUACUUGUACUGGAUGUGAUCCAUUUAGUGUGUAUUGCAGCAAACAGUUUUUAAUGAAUCUUUAUCACUGGUCUAUCAAAAAUCCAUUUCUUUUAGUACUACAAAUAGUAUACCUUUUAUCAAGACCAUUUGGUAUGUCUUUG